UAACGGCUCGUACGUCUCGUGCAAAAGCUAAGCUAGCUCGCACGCGUUACGUGAGUAUAAUAUGUGUGUGUGACAUGGAGUCGAUAAUGGAGAAGCCGAUGAUGGACAGUACGGGCGGGGGCAUCGGGAGGACGAGGUCGGAGCAGCUGGCGCCGUCGUCGACGGCGCAGUCGUCGUCGUCGCUGAGCAGGACGGCGUCGGCGGAGACGGUGCUGAGCGGCGCGGCGGACGGGACGAGCCUGUCGCGCAAGUCCAGCUUCGGGAAGCGCUCGGCGUCGGGCGGCGCCGGCGCCGGCGGGAACAGCCACGGGUACAGCCACAUCCGCAAGUCCCGCAGCGCGCAGCUCAAGCUCGACAUGGAGGACCUCGUCAGCAGCGGCGCCGCGCUCAGCCGCGCCUCCAGCGCCAGCCUCGGCUUCUCCUUCACCUUCACCGGCUUCACCCCUCCUCCCCAGGACAUCACGUCCUCCGCCGAGCUCCCUCCCUUCAGCGACGACGAGAACACAAUGGACAUCGAGGCCGGGACGCCGAGGAAGAAGCUGAUGACGGAGCCGACCUUGCCGAUAUAUCUCAAGUUCGCGGAGGUGAAGUACAAGGUGGCGGUGAAGGGGACGCCGAGGGAGAUCCUGACCGGGAUAUCCGGGUCGGCUGCCCCCGGCGAGGUGCUGGCGCUGAUGGGCCCUUCCGGCAGCGGCAAGACGACGCUUCUCAGCAUCCUCGGCGGGAGGGUCACCGGCGCCGGCGCCGUUGAAGGCUGCGUCUCCUACAACGACGAGCCAUACGGCAAAUCCCUCAAGCGCAGGAUUGGAUUUGUGACUCAAGAUGAUGUCCUUUUUACCCAUCUUACUGUAAAGGAGACGUUGACUUACGCAGCACUACUUCGUCUCCCAAGAACAAUGACAAGGCAACAAAAGGAAGAACGAACAAUGGACAUCAUAUAUGAACUUGGCCUCGAAAGGUGCCAGGACACAAUGAUUGGAGGGUCUUUUGUGCGUGGGGUUUCAGGGGGUGAAAGGAAAAGAGUUUGCAUUGGAAAUGAGAUCAUAGUCAAUCCAUCUUUACUUUUUCUCGAUGAGCCGACAUCUGGGUUAGAUUCAACUACAGCUCUCAGGAUAAUUCAACUUCUGCAUGACAUCGCUGAGGAUGGGAAGACAGUAAUAACAACGAUCCAUCAACCGUCUAGCAGAUUAUUUCAUAAGUUUGACAAGCUUAUCCUCCUGGGAAGAGGAAGUUUGCUCUAUUUUGGGAAGGCAUCUGAAGCCAUGCCCUACUUUCAGUCCAUUGGGUGCACCCCUCUUAUCGCAAUGAACCCAGCAGAGUUUCUACUGGAUCUCGCCAACGGAAACACUACUGAUGUUUCUGUUCCUUCUGAGUUAGAUGACAAAGUGCACAUGGAAAAUCAAAACCCGCAAAAUAAUACCAAGAAUGACUACAAGCCAUCAGCACAAGAUGUUCAUGAGUAUCUUGUAGACGCCUAUGAGAAUCGAGUGGCAUACAAGGAGAAGAACAAGCUUCUAGAUCCACUUCCAAUCAGUGAUGAUUUGAAGGCAACUAUAACAUCAUCAAAGCGCGAGUGGGGCACUAGCUGGUGGCAGCAAUAUUCCAUCCUCUUCUGUAGAGGGAUCAAAGAACGGAGACAUGAUUAUUUGAGCUGGAUGAGAAUUACCCAGGUCAUAGCAACGUCGGUUAUCUUAGGUUUACUCUGGUGGCACUCUGAUCCCUCCACACCAAAAGAUCUACAAGAUCAGGCAGGAUUACUGUUUUUCAUAGCUGUGUUUUGGGGUUUCUUUCCUGUAUUUACUGCCAUUUUCACAUUCCCACAAGAGAGGGCAAUGUUGAACAAGGAGCGAGCAGCUGACAUGUACAAGCUCAGUGCAUACUUCUUGGCCAGAACGACAAGUGAUCUGCCACUAGACCUUUUCCUUCCACUCAUAUUUAUGGUGAUUGUCUACUUCAUGGCAGGCCUCAAAGCAACUGCCGCACAUUUCUUUUUUAGCGUGCUGACAGUCUUUCUCAGCAUCAUUGCUGCUCAGGGACUAGGAUUGGCAAUUGGAGCUACCCUCUUGGAUAUCAAGAAGGCAACAACUCUAGCCUCAGUUACAGUCAUGACAUUCAUGCUAGCAGGAGGGUUCUUCGUAAAGAGGGUUCCACCAUUCAUAUCCUGGCUUCGCUAUGUGUCAUUCAACUACCACACGUACAGGCUACUGCUGAAGGUGCAAUACCAUCCUGUCCCGGACUUUCUGAUCAAUGCCAUACCUCUUGAUAACGGCGUGACAGAAGUUGCCGCUCUGGUUGCGAUGAUCAUCGGGUACAGGGUUUUAGCAUACGUGUCUCUCAGAAGAACCAAGACUUCAGCCAGCUAGCGAAUCGGCCGUCGAGUGCACUGAACAGGAGCCUGGCUGGGUUCUGCUAGGAUGGCACUCGUUCUUACCAGCUGUUUGAAUGUAGGGAAGUUUGUACGAGAAGAUGGAUCUUUUUUUACUGUUCUGUCUUUCUGCUGCUUGUUCAGAGCGCGACGUAUCUGUUCCUACUUGCCUCAUAUAUAGGUCAGUUGUUGGCAACAAUAACGAGUGUAAGUCGCAAAUUUGUUACAUGAUUUUUGUAAGGACUUUCUUCUUAACUUGGCAACAAAACUCAAUGGUGGUUCCUGCUAUGUGUACGUCCAUGUCGUUGCUGCUUUAC